AGGUAGAGGCGACAUAGAGCACUGUGCCUGUGCUUGAAGCAGCGUCCAGUGCAUGUUACUGUGAGAUCAUUAUCAAAAACUGCUGCGGGACUGGCGAGAGAAGGAGUGUAAAGGACUUAAGAGAAGAUAUCCCGAACUCCGACUGACCAAAACGAGGAAAGAAGCUUAAAGAAAUCACUUUUACAACGUCUUUACGUCUCGGAAGCGUUACGCUGGGACUUUGGAUACUAAAGGAUACUAACACCGUUUCUCUCCGGGUUUGUUUUCACUGCAGUGAAGCAGUUUCAUCCACCCCCAAGUCUAUGAUUUGAGAGGGAAGCUAUGCAGGUCUCUGACCAGCAACACGGCAGGGCUUUUUGCACCCUGGCUUGAUAAAUUGCAUAGUUCAUCAGUGAGCGAUUGCGCAUUUUGAUCGUUCAACGCAGAGGACCUUGGCACGUUUAAUUUUCGUAAACCUGUCGAUUUGAUAAUUGAUCGUUUCUAAAUUGUGUCUAUUUUGAGCACUCAGUUGACGCCAUUUUACUGUUUUAACGGCGUUUUGAAGCCGCGUCCAGUUUGACAGAUUGCAGAAGGCUAUGUCAGUUUAAGUGGAAAUGAUAUAAUAGCUUCCUGACUGGAUGGAUUUUAAAUGAUACAUUGAAACUACCCACCGAACGCCUUGCGAACACAACGAUCGGACAUGGUUUCUUCUUGGAAAAUCUGUAUCCUUGUGAGAUUCAUCAGAUUCAGAGAGCAAUAACAGUCUGCAAUCCCCACUGUCGGAGAGGGUAGCCAGUGUAUCAGGUGGCGCACCUGUUUUUCCGAGUUUGCUCCUGGUGUCCGAUUCCCGAAACACACGUUGGGGGUCAGCGAUGGAGCAGCGGGAACUGUCCCGGGUGGCCCGACAAAAGGCGGGCAGCGAGGCCGAGUUCUUCCCGUCCGGGAGCACCAUCAACAGGGCGACCCUGGCCGAGCUCACCGGCAGCAGCCUGCUUCCCACCCAGGCCAAGGGGCUCACGCUGCCCGGGGAGCGGGAGGAGGAUGAGGACCUGGGGCUGGGCAGGGACGUGGACGCUAGCUCGAACGCUGACAGCGAGAAGUGGACGCAGCCGGACGGCAUGGAGGAGCAGGAGUUCUCCAUCAAAGAGGCCAGCUUUUCGGAGGGCAGCCUCAAACUAAAGAUCCAGACCACGAAACGUGCCAAGAAGCCCCCCAAGAACCUGGAGAACUACAUAUGCCCGCCGGAGAUUCGCAUCACCAUCAAGCAGCCCGGGGAGCAGAAGACAGCCAAGCAUGGAAAGAACAACAAGGCAGCCAAGGAGGAAGACAAAGUACCCCCCAAAAAGAAGGUAAGGAAUUUUUCCAUUUACUUUUAGAGAGCCACUUGAGAAGCUGCAAUGUGCAUCAGUGUGAUUCAGUUCAGCCACACAGCAAGAUCUGAGCCAUUAGAUGCAGAUGAAGACAUAGCAUAGCAUUGCAGAGUACUUGUCAAUAAAUCCUUCACUCAAACUGUGAAAUGUGCUGUUGGUGGUCAGAUGGCAUUUUAGUUUUGCUCUCACUGACAGCGUGUUAGAAAGACUCUAGACAGUUUUCUGGAGUGCUGACACUAAUUGAAAAAAAAAUGGAUUGGGUGAGAUAGCUAAUCUACAGUGCAGACAGAUUCAGCUGAUAGAUAUGUGGCCUUUUUGUGUUUGAUAAACAAUUACAUACGAGUGAAGAAAAGAAACAUUCCUUAUUCCCCGUGCAGUUUUCCUGAUCUCUAUCUUCCACAUUGUUUCCAAGGCUUCAUUAUGACUCGUCUUUUUCUUGUAAAGAGGGGAAAAAGCUAAAUUUGAUUUGGAGUAUUGCCAAGUUGAUAGAAAUUCUGGGCAAUUGCUGUUUUUGCUCCAGCUGUUCCCGCCAUUCUGUGCAACGGGUUGUGUGAAGCAGUCUUUUUCUGCCAUUAACCUUUUGUGGCAUGCAGCACCACAAAUGAAUAAGCACACGCUCACUGAAUCCUUGGUUUCCUCGAGAUGGCGGCUUUUUGACUUUCAGUGUAAUUAUCUUGGCGAAUGUUUUUUUCUUUCUUUGCACUGUACGUGUGAUUAAAAAUCACAGAUAUAAAUGAGGAGUCAGAGAGGCAUUAAACUGGAUCUGUCUCUCAAGGCAAAGAAACAAAACAAAAAACAAUGUAGCUUUCAAGCGGUUUUUGAAUGUUCUGUGGCAUCAUCUGAUCUUCUCUCUGUGUUUUGGUUGGCCAAUGCAUCCAUGCCUUCUGUAAGGUUGAGCUCUUGCAUAGUUGGUCUACCAUAAUAUUUUCUGAAACAUGCCCAGUGCAUGUCUUCCCCAUGAGAUAUUAAUCAAAAAGUUAAUUGCAUUCACCCUAUUUCAAUUUAUUUCUUGAAGCUGAGUGUAGUCAGCAUAUUCUUAAUGUCUUUUUCCAAAACAAAGAUGUUGCACAUUUCUUUUUUAUGUUUUGGUGGGGGGAAAAAGAUGGCAAGAAAAAGAAGUAUAGAGACUUUUGGGAGAGAAUGAAAGGAAAAGCUUUUGAUACCACAACCUGACCCUAUAAUUUCACAUAAUUAGGGAGAGUAUGCUUCCUUACUGAAUCAAAGGGAAGCUGCCAGCCUCAGCAUCUUUUAGCAAGAGCAGCAGAGCUUAAACUGAUUCCUUUCACCCUUGUAACAUUGAGGAAUUUUGUUGUUUGUCUCCUUGAAAUACAAAUCACCAUAUAACAUGGACUCCACAAAGGACAUAUAUUAUGAGAUGAGUUCCUGUUUAUAUGCAUAAUUUGCUUAAUGCCAGCUUGCUUUAAUGUUAGCUUUCUCUAAUAGAGUACAUUGUCCUCUGAAGAGUUGAUGGCUAGGACACAUAAACUACAUAAACUAUUUCACUAUGUUACUAUUAUAUAAGGUAAGCUUGUAGCAGUUUUGCAACUUAUUGUAAGUCACUUUGGAUAAAGGUAUCUGCUAAAUGAGUAAUUAUAAAUGUAACAUGAAUUUAUUAUUAAUAAAUAGGAGGUGUUUUAAGUGUAUGUGAUGAGAAAUAAAUGUUGUAAUGUAUAGAUCCCUGAAGUUCCUUCGAUAUCCAUUCGCCAUUGCAGGGGGGGAAAUCAUUAGGUAUUUGGAUGCCAUGCCUUGAGCAGUGGACUGGCUUGGGGUGUUCCUCUGUGUGAGGAAUGGGGGCAGGGGGUUGAGAGAGAGAGAAAGAGAGAGAGUGAGAGAGAGAAAAGAGACAGUGGGAGGGAACAAGGAAUAGAGAGGGCGAAAGGCGGGAAGUCUGAAGUGCAGCUGUCUCUUUUUGGCAUCUCCAAAUUGCCCAAAGACAGAAGGUCAGAAAGGGCAUUAGCAGGGAUAGAGGAGGUGGCUUCCCAGCAGCUUGUCAGAGGGGUGGCCCUAUCUACACUGAACAGCAGCCACCCCCAAGACUGGAGAAAUGUCAAGCCCCCUCCUGAUUUCAGGGACACACACACACACACUCCUUUUCCCCCAUUCAUUUUCUUCUCUCUCUCUCUCUCUCUCUC